CUUCGCUACCCACACACACACUUCCUUGCUCAUCAGCAUCUUUCAUUCUUGCUUUCUGUAUCAACAGAUUCAUCAAUACAAACACACACACUUCCCCAAUCAACUCAUCCAAUCGCAACCAUGCGUCCCUCUACUAUCGCUAAGGGCUACACCUUUUACCUGGGCACCAGCCCUACCUUCACUCCUGAGCCUAUCAUCGGAGGCCAUGAUGGCGAUGCUUCCAACACUGGCUCCUAUGAGCUCGUCACCCUGAUUGGCACCUCUUCGAUCUGCUCGCAGGUCACCUCCGAGGUGUGCCAGGCCGUGUACAUCACCGAGACCUUCGCCGUCUCUAUCCCGGUUAUCACCACUGCCAUGGAGACCUCGUCCGUCGUCUCUGAGACUGGAACUACCUCCUCCACCAAGGAGUCUUCCACCAAGACUGAGACCUCUGUCUCCUCCACUGGAAAGGAGACCUCCACCACUGGCACCGCGACUCAGACUGUCGCCACUCCCACCCCUUCCUCCAAGGCUUCUAAGACUGAGGUUGUGGUUGUGUGCGCCAUCGCCGGAGCCAUUCUCAUGUAUUUCCUUUAAGGAAAUCAAGUCUAGCUAUUCGGUCACUGGCAGUUCUUCACUUGAAAUAGCCGGAAUGGGAUGGAUGGCUUAGGGAAUUGGUAUGGCUAAGGAAUUGGAACUUCAUCAAGGACUACAAGGGUUUCAGGUUCUUCAAGGCACAAGGUUUCGGAUGCAUCAGCUAGCAUUCACUUGACCCAGGACUCAGUACAGAAAAUUGACAUUACCUCGUCAC